CUAGGGUUUCGGCCGUUUCGGCUAAUGAAAGCGCAUAUUGGUGUUGUAGAUGUGUUGUAAUAGAAAGUCGGCUUUUACCGAGUUAGCAAGGAACUUAUGUAGAUUAUUUUCGGAAUUAUGGCAUAUGUGAAUCUAGAUGAGAUUUGCGGCUCUUCAUUUUGGGACUGGAAUGUGACGUGGUAUACAGAACACCCAAGUUUUACAGAAUGCUUCCAAAAGACAGCUCUGGUUUGGAUACCUUGUGCGUUCCUGUGGAUGUUUCUACCUUUUGAAACAUACUGCAUCCUCAACAGCAAAUUCAGGAAUAUCCCUUGGAAUUGGCUUAAUAUUACCAAAAUUGCUUUGACCUUGUUCCUGAUUCUGCUUUCAGUAUCAGAUGUUGCAUAUGUUAUUUAUAAAGAAGCACAAGGAUUUGAAGUCUAUCCAGUGGAUUUUGGCACACCAAUUGUUAAAAUAGCAACAUUUGGUCUGUCCCUGGGACUGACGGCAGUCAGCCGACUGCGGGGCCGCACCUCCUCCGGAGGGCAGUUCGUGUUCUGGCUGCUGCUGGUGCUGUGUGGCGUGCCGGAGCUGGCCCGCUGGAUCGCCGGCGGCGCACAGGACCAGUUUGAAGCUGAGAGAGUUUAUGAGAACGUCAGCUUUGUUGUUUACUACUUUGCAUCUCUCGCCUUGUUCAUCUUCAAUUGCUUUGCGGAUCAGCGCCCGCUGGUUUCAGAGUACCCACCGUGUGAGAAUCCAUUCCCAGAGGAUGCAGCAUCAUUUUUAUCAAAGAUGUUAUUUUUGUGGCUGGAUCCGCUCAUGUGGAAGGGCUUCCGAACACCACUCACGACCAAGGAUCUGUGGACUAUCAGUCCAGAGAACUCGUCUCGCUAUGUCGUCCCGAAGUUCGACAAGCAGUGGGAGAAAGUUGUACGGUCUGCUGGCAGGCCUACCCCGACCAACAAAGCAUCCUUCAGCAAGCUGGGAAACAGCAUAGAUUUCGUGGAAAGCCGACCGAGGAACAAGAGGCUGGCAUCCGUCCUGCCUGCAAUAUUCCGCACCUACUGGUCCAUCUAUCUGUUGGCCGCGGCCCUGAAAAUCGUCGCCAGUGCCUUAAUGUUUGUCAGUCCUCAGAUCCUCAGGCUGCUGAUACAGUUCGUGGAAGUGGAGAACUAUCUUUGGAAAGGGUGCCUCUAUGCAGUCCUGCUGCUUCUCUCCACUACGCUGGAGACCUUUUUCCUCACACAUCACUUCCAGAAGAUGUACGUCAUUGGGCUGCGUAUCCGCACUGCACUCAUCUCCCUCAUAUACCGCAAGGCUCUUCGCUUGUCGAGCAGCGCUCGCCGCGACUCCACGGUGGGAGAGAUCGUGAACCUGAUGUCGGUGGAUGCCCAGCGCUUCGUAGACGUGUGCCUCUACAUCAGUGCCCUGUGGGCUUCUCCUAUCGAGAUCGCAGUUGCUCUCUAUUUCCUGUGGGGUACUCUCGGACCAUCUUCGUUGGCCGGGCUGGCGGUCAUGAUACUCUUCAUGCCGCUGAACAUGGUGAUCGCCAACUACGUGAAGAACGUCCAGGUGAAGCAGAUGAAGAGCAAGGACGAGCGCGUGAGGCUGGUGAGCGAGAUGCUGAACGGCAUCAAGGUGCUGAAGCUGUACGCCUGGGAGCCUUCCUUCCGGCAGCGCGUCACGAGGAUACGGGACAAGGAGACGCGCGUGCUCAAGCAGGCCGUCUACUUGAACUCUGCGACUGCCUUCGUGUGGACCUGCACCCCUUUCAUCGUGUCAUUAGCAUCGUUUGGCACAUUUGUGAUGCUCAGUGAUGCCAAUGUUCUGGACGCACAGACAGCAUUUGUGUCGCUGUCGUUGUUCAACAUCAUACGAAUGCCCCUGGCCAUGAUGCCAAUGCUCAUCAUCUCAUUCACUCAGGUGGUGGUCUCGAUCAAGAGGAUGAAUAAGUUCUUGAACAUGGAAGACCUCGAUCCAGCCAGUGUUUCUCAUGAUUUGACACAAGAACACCCGCUGGUGGUGAGAGACGGGACGUUCUCUUGGGGCUCGGGUGAACCCCCGGUGUUGAGGAACGUGGAGUUGGAGGUGCCAGAGGGGUCUCUGGUGGCUGUCGUCGGCACCGUGGGCUCCGGGAAGAGCUCUCUCAUCGCUGCCUUUCUCGGGGAGAUGGACCGGCUGUCGGGCUAUGUCAACACCAAGGGCUCCAUAGCGUACGUGCCGCAACAGGCGUGGAUUCGCAAUGCCACCUUAAAAGACAACGUGCUGUUUGGGAAACCUCUGGUGUCUGGCCGUUACAGUCGAGUCAUAGAAGCUUGUGCCUUAAAGAGUGACCUGGAAAUUCUGCCCGGUGGAGACCAGAUAGAGAUUGGAGAAAAGGGCAUCAACCUGAGCGGGGGGCAGAAGCAGCGGGUGAGCUUGGCGCGGGCCGUCUACAACGAUGCCGACAUAUACUUCCUGGACGACCCUCUGAGUGCGGUGGACAGUCACGUGGGGAAGCACAUCUUUGACAGGGUCAUAGGACCUUCCGGGAUGCUGAAGAAGAAGACCCGGCUGCUGGUGACCCACAGCGUGAACUACCUCCCGGAGGUGGAUCUCAUAGUGGUGCUGAAGGACGGCCAGGUGACGGAGAAGGGCACCUACCAGGAGCUGCUCGACAGGAAGGGUGCCUUCUCGGAGUUCAUGCUGCAGUACCAGCAGGAGACGGAGCCCGACGACCCCGAUAUUGUUCCAGACGGGGUCGUGUUCCCAGGAAACUUGGAGUCAAAGCUAAGUGGAUCCCUCCCGCAUACCUGGGAGACAGCUUCCAUGGACUCCAGGCGCUCUCGCAACACGUCCCUGAGUCGGCAAAUCUCACAUGACACACUCGAGAGCAACAGCAUCAAACAGCUCGGCAGCGGCAGUUUGAAAGGCUUGAUGCUUGAUGCUGAGGAAUCUGCAAACACCGGGGAGAGGCUGAUAGAGGAGGAGAAGGCAGAGACGGGCAACGUCAAGUGGAGCGUGUACUCCCACUACAUGCGGACCAUGGGGCCCCUGCUGUGCGUCCUCACCAUCGUGUUCAACGUGCUCUUCCAAGGCCUGCUGGUGGGCUCCAACCUGUGGCUGUCCGCCUGGACCAACGAGUACGGCGGCGGCCCGAUGCCCCCCGGGACGCGGGACCUCUACCUGGGGGUGUACGGCCUCAUGGGGGUGGGGCAGGUGGUCACCACCUUCGUGUGCGACCUGUGCCCCCGGCUGGGCUGCUGGGUGGCCGCCCGGGUCAUGCACAGCGUCACCCUGGAGGGCAUUCUGCACGCGCCCCUCACGUUCUUCGACGUCACCCCGCUCGGCCGCAUCGUCAGCCGCUUCUCCAAGGACGUCGACAUCCUGGAUUCCUCCCUGCCGCAGCAGCUCUCCGACUUGAUCUUCUGUAUGUUCGAGGUGGUUGCCACGCUGUUUGUCAUCAGUUACUCCACACCACUGUUUAUGUCUAUGAUAGUGCCUCUUGCCAUAAUCUACAUCUUCAUUCAGAGAUUUUUUGUGGCUUCAUCAAGACAGCUUAAACGUCUAGAAUCAAUAUCCAGAUCACCAAUUUUCUCCCAUUUUGGAGAAAGCAUAACAGGUGCCUCGACCAUACGAGCCUACAGUCUGCAGCAGAAGUUCGAGAAAGAGUCUGAGGAGACAGUAGAUACGAACCAGAUGUGCUACUACCCUGGCAUGAUUGCCAACAGGUGGCUGGCGAUCCGACUGGAGACUUUGGGGAACCUGAUAAUAUUCGCUGCGUCCCUGUUUGCAGUGCUGGGCCGGGAAAGUGUGGACCCGGGUCUCGUAGGCCUUUCCAUCAGCUACUCCUUGCAGGUUACUGGAACUCUCAAUUGGCUGGUGAGAAUGGCUACAGAUGUGGAGACCAACAUUGUGGCUGUAGAAAGGCUUAAAGAGUACGCAGACUGCAAGCAGGAGGCGCCAUGGGAAAAUGCUAGUGAAAAGGUAUCUCAGGACUGGCCCAGUGAGGGCAGUGUGCAGUUCCAGGACUACAAGGUGCGCUACAGGGAAGGACUGGACCUCGUCCUCAAGGGCAUCACCUUCUCGAUACGUGGUGGGGAGAAGGUGGGCAUCGUGGGGCGCACCGGAGCAGGCAAGUCAUCGCUGACGAUGGCGCUGUUCCGCAUCAUCGAGGCGGCCGGGGGACGCAUCCUGAUCGACGGGUGUGACGUCGCCACGCUAGGGCUGCACACGCUGCGGUCCCGCCUCACCAUCAUCCCGCAGGACCCGGUGCUGUUCUCGGGCUCGCUGCGGCAGAACCUGGACCCCUUCGACAGCGUGCCCGAGGACGCGCUGUGGCGGGCGCUCGAGCUGGCGCACCUCAAGGCCUUCGUGAAGGGGCUGCCGGCCGGGCUGGCCCACGAGGUGGUGGAGGGCGGCGAGAACCUCAGCGUGGGGCAGAGGCAGCUGGUGUGCCUGGUGCGCGCUCUGCUCAGGAAGACCAAGGUGCUCGUCAUGGACGAGGCGACGGCAGCAGUCGACCUGGAGACGGACGACCUCAUACAGAGGACAAUACGUGACCAGUUUCAUAGUUGCACUAUUCUCACUAUCGCUCACAGAUUAAACACCAUCAUGGACUACGACAGGGUGAUAGUCCUGGACAAGGGGGAGGUGAAGGAGUUCGACAGACCAGAGGUCUUGCUUCAGGACCACGAGUCCAUCUUCUUCGGCAUGGCCCAGGACGCUGGUCUGGCAUAGAACCACGUCGUCAAACUGGCGCAUCUUGCCUCGUCUGUGCCACGUCCGCACCUUGCCUGUAAUUUCUCCGGCAUUUAUGUUUUACUUUAUUACAUAUUUUUUGUGCAUGAUUUUCUAAACACGUACAAAUCAUAUUUUAAGAAAAAAAAAAAUUUUUUUUUUUUUUAGAAUAAUACUUAAAUAUGUUUUUUUUUUUCCUAAUCAAACCAACUGAAAUAUCAACAAAAUAGGCAUUACUUUUUUUUAUUCUUGAAAAAUGAAAGAUAAUAUUUUUUUUUAUUUAAGUAUACAGCAUUAGUUUAUUCCCUCUCAAUUCUUUAGUAAAGAUUUUUUUUUGAAUUCAUUCGUGUUUGUGCCUUUUUAAAAAUUGUCUUCUAUACAGGUCGUACUAAAGAAUGUGUGAUAACUAUUGUACCGCAAACUGUAAGAUGUAUUUUAUUUUUAUAUAAUUUUUGUUGUAGCAUUUUGCUCAUCUGUGGGUUUAGUUUGUAAUGUACCAAGUACAAUUGUCACGUGAACAUAUUUACCCCAAAAUAACGUGACUGAAUAUAAUGUGACCUCAAACGUUUUGAUUGUGAGUUUAUUAGAAAUACUUUAUGGAGUAAAUAUUGCAAUUCAAGUACAUAGCACUUGAAAAUUAUUGAUAUUGUUGAAUAUUUUUCCUUAUUUACUAGAGCUUUCUAGUGCCUUUUUUUUUUGUCAAUAAAUUUAUUUACAUGGACUCUUUGGUCUCACCAAGGUGCAGGGGGUAACAAAAGUUGGGUUUUGUGGCUGUAGUUCAAAAGCAGUCAUGCAGUGGUGAUGUGGGAGGGUGAGAGAGGAGGGGAGGAGGUUCCUUCCCAGCAGCCACAAUGCUCCCCUUCAUCCUGCAUCUCUCAUCUGUCACUCCUGUACUGAAGUGGCAUGAGUGAUGCAGUUUACAGGCAGAGCUAAGCUGAGGUUCAGGAGGCAGUAAUGAACAAUGGCCAAAGUGGAAUAAGCGCCACAUUUAAGUUGCAGAUUUGUACAGUUUUUCGACUAAGCUGUUCCCCAGUCUGCAAAUAUAUUGUGACCCCACUCCUAGUUUCAUCAGUUCUUGUAAAACAAUUAUUGCAUUAUUUUCGGGUAAAUAUGCUGCUUUUUUUUUUCUUUCUUUCUAUUUUAUCAGAAGCAAGUGUAAAACAGUUUCUAUCUGCAAAACUUUCAGAAACUUGUUCACGUAAUCAUCACAAAAAAAAAUGUCAUAUUUCUGAGGCUGAAUAAUGUACAACACUGCAUUUUUAGUCUUUCUGCGUGGUAAACAUUCAGAAAACACUCAUAGUCACAACUUAUGAGCCUUUGAAUUCCCUAUAUUAAAUAUUGUUUUUAUUAUUAUUUUCACAGUUUAACAUAUACAAAGGUCACAAAACAUGCCACUGUACAUUCUGUAAAGUUGAAAAAUAAUGUUAGUUGUUAUGCUUUGAAGUUGUAUGUUGUUUAUUUUUUUAUUAUUAUAUAAUACUUAACACAAGUUUGUUGGUAAUAGGCUCUUAUUUUACGAAUUAAAUGUCAAGAAUGUGUGUACUAAAGUGACGAUAAUUAAUUAUGAACACGUGUGACUUUUUGCACCCAUUAUAUUACACUUAGUGAAUAUAUGUUGAAAAUAUUUGUGACAACAGCAAAUACAAAAGAGGUUGCCUGUUAAAAUCAACAGAAAGAGCCUUAUAUCAAAGUAAUGCAAUAAAAAUUAAUUUAUCAACGUGGCUUGUGAGACGUAGCCUUAAGAAAUGGUAUGUAUUUAUUUUGUGUAAAAUUUAUUUUUGUGUUAAAAAUGUUUUCAUGAUCUAUCUUCGUUACUCCACUUAGUUUGGAUUUUUUUUGUCAACUUUUGGUGAGCAUUGAUAUAUCUGUAGUUCAAUUCAUCACAUCUGAAUCAGUGGUUGAAAAUAUUGUUUGCUGAACCUAGAGACCUGAAAAUUUCGCCAUUGCGAUAAACUAAAAAAAAAAAUUUAAAAAAAAAUUGCAAUUUUAGAUGCUUUGAAGUUGAAAUGCAGUUUUAUCAUUUUGUUAUCUUUUACUAAUAUGCUCUACUGUGUGGCAGUUAUGUACUUCUUCCAAUUCCAGGACCUUCUGAUGGCUGUCAGCUAAAGGAAAAGUUUUGUUAAAUAUGUAACUACGAGCCCUGUCACUAAGCUAGUCUCUAAUGCCACUUUUGACUACCUCAUGAACUUUCGUUUUGGCCGGAGUGUGAAAGAUGAAACAAGACAAUUAAAACUGUGCGAGGGGUCUGAUGGAGUAUGUUGCAGAGUCCCUCCCACUUCAUUCCUCUCCUCUGACCUUUUGUCUGUCAGUGAAAGUUAAAGGUUGCCGCUCCCCCUUUUCAGACUCAUGCCCAGGCGAGCACGUCUAUCGUGGCAUUAUUUACUUUUUAUAUGCCUGAUUUCUGAACGAAAGUUUUUUUUCUGCAGUGAUGAAACCAUUUUUUUUUAUUCAUGUCUGCAUCUUCCUCUUUCAAAAGUAGCCUUGUAAAUUACUCAUACUGAUAAAAGUGGCACCAGAAAAUCUCUGCUAAACCAGAAAGAAGCCUGUUUUGUGUUCACUAUGCUGUCUUUUGAUUAAAAAUUUAACAUUAACAGUUAUCAUUAUUCUGCACCUUAAGUAUUAAAUGCAGUAAGAUAAGACAUUUACAAACUUUUGCAAACUAAAAUUUCUGUAAAUUUAAGCAGUAGGUUAGAAGUUCUUUUUAAAGAUUUAAAAAAAUCAAACAAGUGCAAUCAUGAAAUAAAAUAUACUUACUUUUAAGAAGGAGGAAAAAAAACACUUUUCAGGUGUCUAUAAAUUACUGUUAGAAAUCCCUAAAUUGCAAGUAGAAAUAUAUGAAUGGUGGUGGGUACCUCAUCAACAUUGAUAGUCUUAUCAAAUCUUUGAUUAUGUGGUCUGGCAUCUUCAUUUGAAUUUAAUGGUUUUUGUUCAAAACUAAAGCUACCUAGAUACUGAAUUUACCCGUAGAAGGGUCGCAACCUUAAUUAUGGGCCAAAAAAAAUCUUACAUUUUCACCAUGAGAGUCGCCCCUGCGUAUGGGUUGCAGUACCACAUAUCUGUUUUCAAUAGAGAUCUGUGGAUACAAGUGAAGUGUUCCUUUUCUCAGCUUAUUGGCACGUAAGAAAUACGAUUAGGGUUGUGCAAAUGUUCGGUAUACUGAUACCGAAAUCGAAAUUUUGCUACUUUCAUUUUCGAUUUCGGUAAGAAUUUCAUCUGUCGAAGUUCGUUUUUAGCUAAAUAUUUCGAGCCAAACGAAAGUUCAAUAGCUUACCGAAGUUCCGUUUGUUCUAGUUGAAAAAGAACUCGUAAUUUAAUAAAAAUGUACAGUAGAAUACCGGUACAAUAACGUACCUUAUUAUAAAGUAUAUUUCACUUAACAAAUUUUUUUUAAGUCCCCGCCAAAAAUUGUAUCUUCGCCAUGCAAAACGGUUUCAGUUUAAAGUAUCAUAUUUUCACUAUAACGUAAAAAUUCUACUAGUAGCGUGGCAUUACUACACCAAAAUUUACUUAAACUGGUAAAUAAAUUUCCAGCUAAAUGAUUAAUGUAGUAGAACAAAGAUACACAAAUACCACCGCAACGUAUUUUCUAACCUCUAAAUUCUCAAAACAAAGUUAACAAACAGUUGCGCGCACAACCAUAGAUUAUACCGUACGUAGUAUGCGACGUGAGCAACACAACACCAUUCGAUACAUCGAAAGACGGAAGUUUGAGAGAAGUAUUAAUUAGUUAGACAAAAGUGUUACGCUACGCUAAAAAUACUGUUUGAUGUCUGUGCCGGGAUUGUUUAUUGUUAUUGUUGAGUUUAUUUUCAGGUUACGUUAUUUAGACACCGCAUUGUAUUUGUGCUACAAUAUGAAUGAUCCUGGAGAUAAAAAGAAACGAAAGCAACUCACGCUUAAGGAAAAAGUGGAUAUACUCAGAGAACUAGACAAGGGGAAAAAAGCAAGUCGCAGUUGCUAAUACAUAUGGCAUUGCGGCUCUCCUGUAGCAAUUUUUUAUAUAUUUUUUUCUUUUUGUAAAGAUAUGUAUGCAUGUUUCAGUACUAAGUACAAAAACUUGAGGUACCUGUAAGUACUUAGCACUGAGAUUCUACUGUAAUGUCUUUAUAUGAUUUGCUUGUUAUUACUAAUAAUGUAAUAAUAACAUAUGCAAAUCAUAUAAAGACAUUAAUUAGAAAAAAGAUUUCCAUUAAGAUUAAUUUACGUGGUGAUGAAAAAAACUCACAUUAAUGAAAAUACGGUAAAAUCAUAAUUUGAACAAACAUGGCAGAUAAAGUAAACAAAAUUCAACCGUGAUUACAGUAGGCCUAGGUAUCAAAACAAAAUCAUGCAAUAUUUGAAAAAUUACCUGAUUCAUUUGCUUUCAAACAGUAGUGUAGGUACUAUAUUCGUAAAACAUACAUUCCAGAACUGUUAGUACAGUAUUUAGUAUUUACCGUAUACACAUAAACAAAGAACGUACCUACUUUUAUUCGCGCACAGCCAAACAAAAACAUUGUCGUCUGCUUUAUUUAAAUUUUACAUACUCUGACUGGCAUAUAAAAUCCUCAUAAUAUACAGCCAAUUAGACAAAAAGGUCAACAAGUCACUGCGUGUAAUGACCACUUGGCAGCAACCAUUUGUUAUGUUUUGUUUUGACCAUGUCCCUUGCCUGGUCUACAGCUUCCUGAGCUAGCCAUGUGUGACAGUGGUGCAAGAUGGCGGCCGUUCCGCAGUAUUCACGUAUUUUUUCAUCAGUACCAUGCACAGGAUAAAUAUAUUAUCAUAGACUGCGACAUUACGACUGUAAAGGAAAUAGUCUGUGCGCUGAAAGAUCUGGAUUGAUUCUUGAAAUUUACGAGUGACAUGGGGCUGUGUUGUGUGGUCUAGGGCGGAUGUUGAUUAUAUUAAAUAAUAAUAUUUAUAUAUAUAUAUAUAUAUAUAUAUCAAAAGGUACCAAAAUGAUUUAUGUAAUAGAAUUUAUUACUGAAGAGCAAAUUUUGGGGCACUUUUUUCUUUGUUAAUUAAAAAAUUUCGCUUAACUUUCGUUAAGAAUAUAUUUAUCUCAUAGAAAAAUUCAUUUUCGUUUCACUUUCGCGAAACUUGAUAAAUUUUCUUUCACUUUCAUUUCGUGUGGAAAAAGUCACUUUCGCACAUCCCUAAAUACGAUACUGGUGUUGACUCAGUUCACCGCGAGGCUGAAGGAGUAUGAAAGGUGCUCUUAUAAACACCAGCAAUGGCUGCAGUUUUGUCACUGUAUGUUCAGUUGAAAACGUGGGAAAUCUCAUUCAAAAACCAAUAAUGAUUGGGAACGGGUUGCAUCAUAGACACCUGUCAAGAUAAGACAUGUUAAUUGCGUGGAUGCCAGAUCACGGGACAAUAACAGCGAAGAGAGGGAGGGAAAACAGUCAACACUGCCAGAUGGCCUCGCAGGAACACAAAAAAAAAAAACACACACACACACACACACACACACACAUACACACACACACACACACUUGCUCCCUCCCUGGCUCUCCUCUCCCUCACAUCGCAUCAGACACGGCAUUAAUUACGGGUGCCACGACUGGUCAGGUUCGCAGAACUUCACGUGACUGCCAAGAUAUUUUGAUUUAACAAUUUAUACUUACAGUGGAGUUAUAUUUCUUAAAAAUCAACAUAGGUUAGUUAUUUACGCACAUAUUAACCACACAGUACAAUAUUAUUAUUUUGAACCCAAAAAUUUUAAUAGGGGUCGCAGUACAUUUUUUUACACUAAAAAUUGCCAUAUGCAGGUAAAUACAGUAUUUUAAAAUUUUAUAGUGUGUACUUAACACCACCUAAAUAAAUAUUCCACAUUAAUAAAUUGGCACACGGCGUAUCACUAAACUACGUACGUAGUAAGUUUUUAAAAAAAAAAAAUGGUACUGAUAAGCUUUCAUUUAAAUCAGAUUCUAUUUCAAAUUCAUUCAAGUCAUGCAGAACAUGAAAAAAAAAAAAAAAUUGUAAUUCAAAUUACCAUGCGACACAAUUAUCACACAGUGGCGUGCACCCUAACAUUAUGUUUACAUGCCUAUGCUACCUAAUACCAGGAGAUGCAGUGUAGAGUAGCAGAAACAUUUUGAAACUAAUGUAAUGUUGAAGUAUGUCAGUUGAUGUUUUUUUUACUUCACUGAUAUGUAAUUAGGAUUUCAGAAAUAUGUAAAUUUGUCAUCUUUCACUCUUGUCAUUGUGUUGUCCAAGUACUGUACUUAAUGUAUGAACAGGUAUUAACUGAGACAUCAAGUUAUUUAGAAUAGUGGUUGAUCGGUAGGCAUUAAGAUAUGCAUUGACACUUAGAAGGUAUUUUACCUCUGGUUUUUUUUCCAUUACUGUAUGAAGAUAGUGCUGUGAAGAUAAUUUCUUGUAAGAUAACUCCAUAUUCCCCUAUGCUAUCCCUUUAUUUAUGUAGGAUUUCAUAGUUUAUCAACAUUCCUCUUCUUGUAGAGCAUAAUUUUAGAAAAUGAGUGAAGAUUUGAAGUUUUAAGCAGUGAUACUUUAUACAGUGUAAUUUUAUAGGAGUUUUUUCGAAGAGAUAGUUGUUCAUUACAUUUAAUACUUAUUUUAAACCUGAUACCAUCUACGUUUAUGUAAACAUGUAAUUAUUAUUCAGGGCGUUGUAUAGUGGCAUAACCGAGGGUUUACUGCGGGUGAAUUUUUUUACUGCAAUUACAUAUUUGUAAGUGCAAAAGUAGUUGGAGUACUGAUGCAAAAAUAAAGAGUAUGUACUUAUGUCAAUUCCACAGAGAUUCAGGAGAGGGUGCAUUUCAAUUUCCUCUGGCUGCGAAAUAGACAUCCUUAAGUAAUGUAACCUUGACCGAACAUGUAUACCUGAGUACCAGAGGUGGAGAAGUUACUUCUUAUCAACAGCAGCCUGUUAAUAAUCAUCCAAUUUACGAGCUACUACUUCUUAGCUUGUGUAACUGCAAACUAAACUAACUGGCUUUUUAAUUUUGACAGAUCUUUAUUACAAAUUUUAAAUGACACUUUGUUCCUUUCCCAGCAAUGUUUAAAAAAAAUAAUUAAGAAUCAGACUGUAGUCAGCAAUAUUAAGGAAUAGGAUGAUAAUCAAACUUUUCCAUUUAUAAAUCCAUUUAGAAUGCAGGUGUUUGUAAACAAAAUAAGGUUUUUUUUUUUACUUUUUCUUUUUUCAACAUACCAAAUUGUAAUGUAAAGUAUUUUACCUCGCCUUAAGUUUGAUGUAAUGGUGUGGUUCAGAAUUUGCGAGCCUGAUUUGCAGAUGAACUGAACAAUAACUAUUGGGUUAAGUUGUGUGUGGCAAGUGUGUAAUAUAGUCAAAAAGGGUUAUAAUUUUGUGGGUUAUAAAAUUAAUUUGUAUACUUUAUAUAAACUUAUACACGCACUCAUAUACAAGAUGCUUGGAAAUUGGUGGGCUUGCAUUUAAUGUGUGGCUAGGAAUGCCAAAACAAUAAGUUUUUUUUAAAGGGGUAUAAGUUCGGAAACUCAGCCAUGAUAGGAUACUAGCGUGAACAGUAGACUGCAAAUUUGAACUUUGUGUGCAUCCAGGCACCUCUACUGGCUGAGCGGACAAACGUCGUUCAAACGCUGCACGGGAAGCAGGCAACAAGCAGUCUGGUGUACAUUACCCUCUGUGGUAUGGCAGUAGUCACAGGUUAGCCAUAUGAAGGUCUUCCUAUACGGUACAGUCUGUUUUGAAAGGCCUUUGGUAAAUGCUCGCUGCUUCUGCUUUAAUUCUUCCCGCCUCCCCGACGGCCAUGUUAAUUCUGUGUGUCACAUCUGUAAUCGCAGCACUGUACUCGCUAACAGUAAACACCGUGCUGAUCAUCCAAAGUCUAAUGCAGGGUAUCUCAACCGGUGGUACGGCAUACCACUGGUGAAAAGUGGCAACGUUGCUGGUGGAACAUUAAAAAUAAACACAGGAACGGAAUCAGUGUUGAAGAGUACUUAAAAAUCAAGUUAAGUUCUAUCUAAAACUAAAAGAUCAAGUAGGCCUAGUGGUACACUAUUGUUUCUAAAAAUGUCAAGCGAUAUGUAGUUGGUAAAACAUUGGGAACCAGUGGUCUAAUGUGUGAAAGUAUCACAACUGACCAUAUUUUGUGCUGUAUAGUCAUAUAGUGCGUAUGGCUAACUGUAAACAUCUGCGCCCAACUCGACGCUUGCUUCUUGUGUAAGGUUAGAACGCCACAGCGCUGUGGUCACGUGUCCUCUCAGCCAGUGGAGGAAUACCUGAAUGCUUGCAAAAUUCAAAUUUGUGUGCUACUGUUUGCACCUGUAACUUAGUAGAGUUGCUUUUCCAGGCUUGUUCCGUAGCAAAAUUGCUAUUGUAAUUUAGUUCAUACUUCAUCUUAUUGUAGCCACGCAAACCAGAGGAAACAGAUUUACUAAUAAAAAUAUCUUAAUGUAACUGCUUACAAUCCUACUUUAUUAACUAAAGUAUUUUCUAUUGUUUGGAUUUUACUGUAUAAGUUUCAGGAUUCUUAGCAUACACUAUAACCAGGUUUGAAAUUUAGCAUAAGUACAAAGGAUUUGAGUUUAGAUCAGCUAGUGUAAAAGUUUAGGUAUUGGCCUGACUAAUGAGUAGCAAAAAAACUUAACAUCGCAAGAUGAUAAUUGUGUGUAGACAUGUAAGAAUCUCUAGUUUAAAACUGUCUUAGAAAGCAGAGUUUUAAAGCUUCUAUGUAUAAAUAAUAUAAAUGGGCAUGCCACAUAGAUGUAAGUAUCUACUGUAACAUCACAUUUGAUUUUAUAAGUUAACUUUUCAAGUUGGUUUUUUUUUCUGUUUAUGGUGCUGUAUGUUCAAGUUAUGUAGUACUUAAAAUAAAUUUUCAUACUCAAAUAUGCAUUCAUAUUACAUAAAGAAGUAUAAUGAAGUUAACAAUGUGUAUGUUGUUCUUACAAGAAUUUUCUGAUUGCAUAGUUCCUUCAUGGCAAGUUUACAAUUUCUCAAGUUGCGGAAAUAAUCUGAACAUGUGUGUAAAGAUGACUAUGUAAUAUUCUGUACCAAUUCAUGGUAAGUUAAGUAUAAAUGUUUUAAGUACUAGAAAUAUUCUCAGGUGAUAAAACUGCCUUACAUGUAGUCAACGACGAUGUGAAGGCCAGAUGGAAUGUUUUCCACUAUGUGAUGUGAGGAAAAGUAAAAUUUGUAAAACAUAUUAUGUAUAUUAAGAGAUGUACAGUGUUGAACAGUAUUACAUAUAGUGUAAUUCUAUUGCCUCCAUGUAUGUAGUCACCACAAUUCUGACAUUGUACACUCGUUCAAAAAGCCACAAGUUCUGUGAUAUUCAUUCUGGUAUGUAUUGUUGAAUUUACAACUAAUUGUUUAUUGUCGUCUGUACUUGCAAAUGUACAAUUGUAUUAAAUUUGUCAAAUUAAAAAAAAAUAGCAAUGCCA